AUGGUUGUAUUCAUUACUGAAUUUAUAUCUUACUUCGAAUCAAAUCAAAUCACUUUAUUUAAUGACAGUAACAAUAAUAAUAAUAAUAAUAAUAAUAAUAAUAAUAAUAAUAAUAAUAGGCAUUAUUCGGAAACUUCAUCUUCAUUGUGUGAAUUUCAAUGUACUGAAAUACCGGAAAAUUCAAAUCAUUUAAUCGAAUCCACUGAAAAUAUUUAUCAUCCACUUGAUCAACAACAACAUCAUCCGAAUCAUCAGAAUCAGUUUAUUGAUAAAACAAAUCAAUACUUCAAUCAUCCUAAUCUACAACCUGAUUGGUCAGUACCAAAUACCAUGCCAUAUAAAACAAUGAAUGAAUUAUUGAUUAAAUCACAAAUAAAUUCAACCCAAAAUACACAUGAGAAUCAUUUAAAAGUUGACAAUUAUCCAGCUCAUUUCUCAUCUAUCGAUUAUAAUAAUAAUUUCAAUAAAACUGAAUUAUUAAAUAAAAUGAUAUUAGAUAAUAGUGAUUUAAGUAUAUCACCAAUUAGUUCGAGAUCAUCGUUGUUUACAUUACCAUUGACACAAUCAACCUAUUUAUUACCGAACUAUUCCAUGUCAUCUAAACAACACACAGUUGAUUUGAUUAGUUCAUUUUAUUCAGUUGAACAGAAUUUGCCUAAUAGAAAACAAACUUUACAAGAACAAAGUCAGUUAGAUGAAUAUCAUAAUAAGUUUACCAGUAUUCCCUAUGAAUUCAAUGAUUUAUGCAAGUCAUCAUUCAAUUAUCAUGAAAACAAUAAACAUCAAUUAAUCAAUGAAAAUACAAAUGACAAAUUUAUUCGUCAAUUGAAAAAAGCCAAACGAUCUAAUCAUCAUUCAAAUCGAAUGAUAAAGCUACAACAGAUGAAAAAAACUAAAAAAUCAACUGAGAAUCAAUUUCAAUCUUCUCUACCUCAUCAAUAUCAUCAUCAUCAUCAUCAUCAUGAUGAACAAAAGACAAAUUUCUCAUUGACAAAUGACUCGUUGCCAUUAGACGUCACAAAAAGCAUGAAAACAUCGAUUAGUUUGGCAAGUAUUCCGUCACAAUCGACAGUCAUGUCAACAACAUCAACACCAACUACAACAGUAAUCACGAAUAUGGUCAAAUUGAAAUCUAUGCUUACAAAUAGCAUAAAAGAAACUAACGAUUCAUUGCAUAACAGUAAUAAUAAUAAUAAUAAUAAUAAUAAUAAUAACAGUAGAAUGAAUGAAUUGUGUUGUUCUUCUGCCUUCUAUGAUUCAAAUAACAAUCAUCAUCACCAUCAUCAUAAUCAUAAAUCAGUAAACAAUCCAAUGAUGACAUUGGAACAACCAAAAAUAUGGAAUGAUUAUUUGUCAAGUUAUUGUUUAGCCUCCUAUAAAUCACAUGAUUAUUUUGAUCCCCUUUGUAAUCUAUCUGUUUCACCUCAUCUUACAAAUGAACAUCAUCAUCAUUAUGAUCUUGCUGUACAGCCACAAUUACAACAAUGUAAUCAUACACAAAAUUAUCAUGAAAAUAUUGUUACAGCAAACAAUGAAAUAAAUCCUAUUUUACCAGCCUUCGUAACAUAUAUGCAAGGACAUAUUCAACAUAUACCUGAACAUUCUGUAUAUUCGAAUUUUGAAAAUGUAUCAUCUAUUCAGCAAAAUAAUGCAGAAGAAUUAAUUGAUUCAAGAAAAUUCAAUAGUGACAAUUAUUUGUUGGUUGAACAAAUGGAUCAUUUUGCUGCAGAAGAUCAGAUUAAAUUUGAAAAAGAACUAUUCACUGGAAAUGAUCAUCUUACAUCUACUGCAUUGACAACGACAAUUACAAUGACAUCAGCGACAUCAGUGACAAUGACAACAACUAUGUCAACACAAUCUAUUCAUUCACAUUUAACGAAUAAUUCAACUUCAUUAAAUAUACCAACCAGUACAUUUCCUUGCAAUAAUGAAGAUAAAAAUAAUAAUAAUAAUAAUAGUGACAAUAUAUUGACCAAUCCACAAUUACUCCCUGUAGAUAUCAAUAAUGAUAAGCUGAAUUAUCAAAAUGGAAUAAUCAAUAAUCAAAUUCUUCAUAAUAUUAAUAGUAAUAAUAGUUAUCUAUGUAGCAGUAAUAAUCUUCCUGCUUAUAAAUAUCCCUCUCAGUCAAUUUAUAGUGAAAAUUGUCAAUUGUUACCAGUAUUCAAUUCCCGUCAUCAAUACCAAAACACUUACGGUGAUCAAAAUAACUUUAGUUUAAACCAAUUGCCAACAAAUAGUCCUAUUAACGACAAACUAAAACUAUGUUCAGAAUUAUCUAUGAAUAACUUAACCCCCGCUUCACAUUCCACUAGUGAUAUUGUUAAUAAAAAUCCUUGUAAUAUUGAUGUUGCCUUCAUGCACAAUAAAAUUGAUCAUUGUACACAACAACCUUAUCAUCACUAUCAUCAAGAAUCUCAAUUGAUUUUUAAUAACAUUGAAUCAAUUGAAAAAUCAUAUAAAACAUCAUUUUAUUGUCCAGUCACAUCAACAACAACUAAUCAUCAUGGACAUAUACAAUUAUGGCAAUUUCUGCUAGAAGAAUUACAAGAUCCUGAAGCGAAUGCAUUUAUUUCAUGGACUGGUUAUGAAAAUGAAUUUAAAUUAAAAGAACCAAAUCAAGUAGCACAACGUUGGGGUGCUAGAAAAAAUAAACCAAAAAUGAAUUAUGAAAAAUUAAGUCGUGGUUUACGUUAUUAUUAUGAUAAGAAAAUUAUUGAAAAAGUCUCGGGUAAACGUUAUGUUUAUAGAUUUACACGUAAUUUAAAUGAAUUGAUCAAUCAUCAAUUUGCAGAACCGAUCACACCAUCAUCAUCUACAUCAUCAUCAACAUCAUCGACAACAUCAUCAUCAUUGUUAUUAUUAUCUUCAAAUUCAACUUCAACUUCAACGACAACAUCCUCUGUGACAUCAUUGUGUAUGAGUAAAAAUCAACAUUUCAAUAAUUUUAUGAAAAUGAAAAAUUUCAAAAAGUCAUCAUUAUAUAAAAAUAAUACAUGGACGAAUGAAAUUUUUGACGAGAUCUAA